UCGUUUGUGACUGCGGCGGUGCAGGCCGUCGGUCCUUCGGUCGUCCGCAUCGACACGGCGCUCCCUCUUUUGUCUCCCUCCGAGCGGCUGGUGGACCGGCCCGCGCUCGAGGGGUACCUUUUCCCCGACCGCGGCGGCGAGGGCGACGGGCAGCGGCGCGAGUCCGGGCAGGGCUCCGGCGUCAUCCUCAAACGCAAGACCCCUCCACAUUUGGAUCAGGCCCACGUGGUGAAGAAUGCGGCCAAGGUGACGGUCACGCUCAUCGACGGGCGCACAUUCGACGGCCUGGUGAGGGGCACCGACGAGUUCAUGGACUUGGCCGCCAUCCGCAUCAAGCCGUCCGGGAAGCCGCUGCCGACCGCCCCGCUCGGGCGCUCGGACGAGCUGCAGGUCGGCGAUUGGGCGAUCGCCAUCGGCAACGCCGUCGGGCUCGACUCGACGGUCACGCUCGGCAUCAUCUCGUCGCUGUCUCGCUCCGCCGCCGAGGUUGGCAUCCCAAACAAGAAGGUCAACUUCAUACAGACCGACGCAGCGAUCAACCCGGGCAGCGUUGGCGGCCCGCUGCCCGCGCCUUCCUGCCCCCUCUUCACUGGCGCAAGGUUUGGUGAGGUGGUCGGCAUCAACACCGCGAUCCGCGCCAACGCCGCCGGCAUCGGCUUUGCCAUCCCCAUCGACACCGCCGAGAAGGCGACGGGGACG